CGAGGAAGUGCCUCUGUGACACACACACACACACGACAGCACACUGUAGGUACAGGUUCAGCUGGUGAGCACAGAGACAGUGAAGGUGCCAUGAAGAGCCUCCUCAGCCUGCUGCUCCUCUCCCUGCUCUGCUCCUCAGUGCUGUCACUGGAGUGCUACGUGUGCAGCUCCUCUCCCACCAACGAUGAAUGCAACCAGAACAGCCAGUCAUGCCAGUUGCCGCUGGACAUGUGCAUGACCACGGUAGACAAAAUAGGUAAUCAGAAAGCCAUCGUGAAGCAGUGUGCCAGCAGGGCCACAUGCAUGGGAGCUGCCAGCACCUCCUCAGUCGACAGCGACGGCAACGGAAACACCGUCAACUGCUGCAACAGCCAUGACUUGUGUAACUUUAGUGGAGCCAACACUGUCCAUGUGCACAUCACACUGCUGGCUCUAUCUCUCUGUGGGUUACUGCUGAUGUUGUAUUGAAGUCAAUGGGAUACACAGUCAAAAAGUGUAGUGGGAGUUUGUGAGGUACAUAACUCUACUGUGGUUUCCUCUGAUCAACAGGUGUAAAUCUGUUAUGUAAUAAAUAUCAUAUUUUAAGUGUUAAGCUCUAGCAUCAGUACCUGCACUAAAACCAGUCUUUGUACAUAAAUUCUGCUGACCAUUGUUAAGCUAUACACAUUUCUCUGACACUAGUAGUAGAGUAGUGGUUAGGUCUCCAAAUGGCUGCGGUUUAUUAUGUGAACAGUGAAUGUUAUGCUGGUGGAUAUUAUGUACUGUAUAUUAUAGCUUUGACUCUCACAAAACAGCUUGCUCAGCAAUGUUUCAUAAUUUCUAUUGGCUUUGAGACUUUGAGGGCUGGACCUGAACCCACACGUUAAGACAAAUAUUACACUGUGCUGAGGCCACCCCACAUCCCCAAAUCACAU